AGCUGACGUCCAAAGUCACGUUGCACAUGUCGUGGGUAUUAGCGGAUGCUAUUGUACAGUUAUUGUUAGUUCGGAAUAGUCGAAAGUGGGUGACAGCUGUGAAUUCACUGUAUCAUGUUUCCCAGUUCGCUGAAAUUCAGCUGGUAAUCGUUUUCAACAUGAAUUGUGUGUCAAGGAUAGGCAGUAAUCAGUGUUUUGGCUAAAUUAAUUAUGAGCGAGGCAAACAGCGCAAAGCAUACCGUACAUUGGUUUCGAAAGGGACUUCGUCUACAUGACAAUCCAAGUUUGCGUGAAGGAUUAAAAUGUGCUACAACAUUCCGUUGUGUUUUUAUUUUAGACCCUUGGUUUGCUGGCUCAUCAAAUGUUGGAAUUAACAAAUGGAGAUUCCUGCUACAGUGUCUAGAAGAUUUGGAUCGGAAUUUACGCAAACUCAACUCUCGUUUAUUUGUAAUUCGUGGACAACCUGCAGAUGCUCUCCCAAAACUGUUCAAGGAAUGGGGAACUACAUACUUGACGUUUGAAGAGGAUCCUGAGCCUUUUGGACGGGUCCGUGACCAGAAUAUUAUGGCCAUGUGCGAAGAACUUGGCAUCACCGUCAUAUCCAGAGUUUCUCACACCUUGUACAAAUUAGAAAGUAUCAUUGAGAAGAAUGGUGGGAAAGCCCCUCUGACUUAUCAUCAGUUCCAGACAGUAGUGGCAUCUAUGGAGUCUCCACCACCAGCAGAACCAGCUCUCAACCUAAAGUUCAUCAGUGGUGCCUACACUCCCAUUGGAGAAGACCAUGACGAGAAGUAUGGUGUUCCAACACUGGAAGAACUAGGCUUUGAUACAGAAGGUCUUCUUCCACCAGUAUGGCAAGGAGGGGAAUCAGAGGCAUUGGCAAGGCUGGAGAGGCAUCUUGAGCGGAAGGCAUGGGUUGCCUCAUUUGGUCGCCCCAAAAUGACACCUCAGUCACUACUCGCUAGCCAGACAGGACUCAGUCCAUACCUAAGGUUUGGCUGCCUUUCUACAAGAUUGUUUUACUAUCAACUGACUGAUUUAUACAAGAAGAUCAAGAAGACAUGUCCACCCCUCUCUCUCCAUGGUCAACUUUUGUGGCGUGAGUUCUUCUAUUGUGCAGCAACUAAGAACCCAAACUUUGACAGAAUGAAUGGAAAUCCCAUUUGUGUCCAGAUUCCAUGGAACAAGAAUGCUGAAGCUCUUGCGAAGUGGGCAAAUGGACAGACUGGAUUUCCAUGGAUUGAUGCCAUAAUGACACAACUUCGAGAAGAGGGAUGGAUCCAUCACUUGGCACGGCAUGCAGUUGCAUGCUUCCUUACACGUGGUGACCUGUGGAUCUCCUGGGAAGAUGGCAUGAAGGUGUUUGAAGAGCUUCUGCUGGAUGCUGAUUGGUCAGUGAAUGCUGGCAUGUGGAUGUGGCUGUCAUGUUCAUCUUUCUUCCAGCAGUUCUUUCAUUGCUAUUGCCCAGUGCGCUUUGGACGCAAGGCCGAUCCCAAUGGAGAUUAUAUUCGAAAGUAUCUGCCAGUCCUGAAGAACUUCCCGACACGUUACAUCCAUGAACCGUGGAAUGCACCUGAAGCAGUUCAGAAGGCAGCAAAAUGCAUCAUUGGAAAAGAGUAUUCUCUUCCUAUGGUAAAUCAUGCGGUUGCUAGCAGAAUCAACAUUGAGCGCAUGAAGCAGGUUUAUCAACAACUCAGCAAGUACAGAGGACCAGGUUUGCUGGCUACUGUUCCUACAAGCCAGUCACGGUCUCCCAACAGUUUGAACUCACUGUCAGUAAAGGCAGAUUUGAAGAAGUCCCCAUCAUCUGAAACUAAAUUGGAGACACCUAGUGAUGAGAUUGCUGUUCUCCAGUAAUCUGUGUAGCAGAUUUGAAGGCUUGAUCCAGGUCAAUCAUUACAAAUCAGAACAGGAAGAAAAUAAGUGAUGGCUGCUCACAGCUGGAGACAGGCUAGGCCAACAUGUCACUUUCCUGCCAGAAUAGUGUACACAUGACAUGAGCAAUGCAGACUUGUAGAAAAUUGUGAUAUGUCUGUUUUUGAGCUGCUCAUUACAUUAAAUUCAUUGGAAGUAGGGGUUUGGGGGAUAUCACCCCAAACAGUACUUACAGUAUCAACCAUUAAUAUUAUUAGCAUUUGUGGUACUUAAAAAUAAACUGUUGUUAUUUAUAUAUUUAGGAAUUGAAGAGUUGGUUGGUGAGUUAGUGAGCAAUCAGAGAACUGCGGUUCAGUCAUCAUGAGCCGUUUUUGUUAGAAGCUGGUGGCUGGGGCAUGGUCAUACUUCGGGAACCGAAAGCAGGGGAACAUCAGCCACUGAAAGCCGCUACCAGGCAAUGGCUGGUGAAGACACUGCAGACUGAGAAGACUUAAUACAUGCUGUAAUGAACUGCAGAGCGUGUCAAUUAGUGAGAGCGCUAUAGUUACUUUUAGUUACAACCUGCAAGUGGUCAGUAAAUCCAAUUACCAAUCCAAACCCUGUCUAUAGUCCCUCAUACACGUGACAAUAUAGUGUAUGCAGAGGAAGCCCUACCAGCAGGUAGGCCUAUGAGCAGUCAGUCAGCUGAAGUGAAGAAGGGGCAAGUUAGUGGAUCAGAUAUCUCUCUCUGACACACACACACAAAGGUGAAAUGAGGAAACAAGACAUUUGUCGCUCUUGCUUUUCGACUUUGGUUUCGAAUAAACCACUCAAAGAGUCCAAGAAAACCAGGUGGAAUUUAAAUUUUAUGGGACACAUCAGCAUCUGGUCUAUGCUGGAGAUUUCCUUAGCAUGUUGUUAUUGCUUUCUGAAGAUGCUCACGGCUGACCGAAAUAUGUAAAGGCACUAUAUAAACAUAUGCUGGGUCACACAGGAUGGUGUUGUUAUAUUCAUUUUAUUAAAAUGAUACACUUUGUGCAAUAUAGCAUUUACAACUUCUGAAUACUGUGUGAUGCUUUCAUCAUUAAAUACAGUCAGAGAUACUGGGUUUUCAGACUUUGUCCAUCGUCCGGAUUCUAAAUAACUAAGAAAGAA